AUGCAUAGAAAUUUAAGAUUUUACAGGUAUUCAUCAUAUUCAACUGAUUGUUCAUCAUUACUUAAUGUAAAUUUAAGCUAAGAAUAAGUUAAAUUACCAAAUAUAAAAUUAUAAGAUAAGCCAUCAUUAAUUGGAGCUUUGCAAUAUGGCUAAUUAUAAUUAAGAGUCCUUAGAAGGAAUAUUGAAGAAACAUAAAAUAAAAAAUAAUAAUAUUUCUUUAAUGAAAGAAGACAAAAAAACUAUAAAAGGAUAUUCCCAAAAGUAUAGGUUAUCAAAAAUAAUUCAGUUGCUCUACAAACUACAGGUUUCAGUCCUUGGAUAUAAGAAUGA